AUGGCUAUUGUACUCGACUGUUUGUCAGCCGCCGUUGAACACCCAAGAAAGGAAGUUCGAUCCCAGUUACCUUCGGAUGAAGUUCAAGCGGUUGGGACAGACGGUGGCUGGCGACAGACGAACGGCGGAGGCCCUGUACACAGACAAUGGAAGCGCGAAGCUGAUGAAAGGAUGGACCACCACGCAGUUCGACCAAGGCUUCUCCGCCUGAUGCCGAACGGCGGACGAGAUACUGACGAGCCAGCGGCUAGGUAA